AGUGACGUCCCAACAGCAGUCAAGAAAGGAAGCUGGUGUGUCUCAAUAACUGCGACAAAUAAAAAAAUUGUGAACUUGUGGGAAAAGCUAUCAGUUAAUAACGAUCACGGUCGGUCAUACUUUUGGUAUUGACGAGAUUGGGUUGUCGAUUAGACUGAUUCAUCCAUUUCAUCACGAACAGUUUUGGCAAUUCGUCUUGAUCCUUGAAAUGCACAUGUGAAAUAUAAGUAGCCGGAAAAUCUUUACAAUCAAGAAUGUCUAUCGAAGACGCAAACAGUAAUUCUACACCAGCUAGCGCUGGCUCGUGCAGCACCGCUGAAGAUGUUCUCGACGAGAUUAAAAGCUGGAUUCAGUCUAGCGAUUCUGCCAAGUUAUACGGCUAUGCCGUUGCUCACAUUAAAUCAAAAGUGAAGCGUGACCUGUUUUGUUUGGAAGCAACUUGGGUGGAGAGGCAGUACGUCAAAAUCGUACUGGAAAUGUGGUUGCGAGAGAGUUUAAAAAGAGCUUUUCAAUACCUAGAGGAUGAAGCAACAGAUAUAAGUACGGAAAUGUCCGUCAUUUUGGACGAAUUGAAUUCAAUUAACUGCUUCGAAGAUAUUCGUUCGAAACUCAACGGAGCGACAUCAAGACUGAAGUAUUGGUGCGACGGAGGUCCAUUAGAUGAGUCACCACAUUUCAAGUGUCAAUAUCUUCAGUUGAUACUUGAGCAGAGGGAUCUGUUUAGUACCAUGCCCCGUUUCGUUAUUCUGGUUUCGAGCUAUUUGAAACAAUUCAAGACUUUGUGCACAGAGAAAAUAUUUUCCCGGUGCCUGAACGACAUCGCCAAAGAGGAAACCAGCGGAGAGAAAAACCUCAAUUUCAUUUUCGCUUUGAACGAGCUCUUCCGAGUCGCUGAUGAAGACAUCAGGGUACAAAAAAUUUUGGAAGAAAACAUUUCUGGAUGGGAAAAUGAGGACCAAACUGGGCAAGAUUUUGUCAACAAGUUGGUGGAAAUUAUUGCAAUUAGUAGCAAUGCCAUAGAAAAGGAAUUACCUCAAUGCUUUGAUCUUCUGCAAUCAGAAAAAGAGUGGACGCCGAGAUUGCAGUUGUUGACCAAAGAGUUCUGCAAGAAACUCUUGUUACCAAUGAAAACUGAAAUCAACCUCAAGGACGAGGACGGAAGAAAAAUCAUCUUCAUUUACGGGACCACCGUUUUUAUCAGUAAAAUUAUACAGGAAAUGUUGAAACUUAACCACGAUCAUUCCAGUGACCGUGUACAGGAAAUCCAAAUUGUGGGAUUGACAUCCGUUCACGUCGACUGCGAUUUGGAAUCAAAAGACUGGCACGGAAUAAAUGUCAGCGUCGUCACCCACAAUCUGUAUGUCGACCGCGAUAACGUUUUAUGGGAUGUCUCUGGCAAAAAUGGCAAUGACAAAGUGGCGGAGGGACUUGGAACUGAUCAAGCGGGUGAGAGCGGCGGAAAUGUGCACAUCAUUUACGACGAGAUCAUCAACGCCGAACGAUGGACGAUAGUGUGUGACGGUGGUGACGGAAGUGACAGGCUGAACAGCGGCGAUGUUGAAAUCGGGCCAGACAGGGAAAUUCAGAAAUGGUCCAAAGAAAAAUUUGAAAAAGUUUUUCCUUCCAUGUCGACGUUUGAUACCAAGGGAGAGAAACAGGAACACGGCACUAUUCCUCAUUCCGAGAACGCAAUGAAAGCCGUUUUGGAAACGCUAGAAAAGAUCGUCCCAAAACAAAAUCGUACAGAAGGUACAGAUAUCCAAGCCGAUCACACUGAUAGUUUUUUCAUCAAAGGCAUAGCGAAAGACGGUAGUACGAUCACGGCUUCAUUUUAUCGUUCAAUGACGAAACGACAAACACUCAUUUUUUGUCAAGGAAGCAAACAUGGGCCAGGUGAAGGUGGAUUUGGUGGUACCAUCAAAUUCGAAUGUACGGGGGGUCCAGAAACGUUUUUGAAAGGACACCAAGUUCCAUUCGUCGGAAAGGAUCAGCGCGAAGCAACAGCUGUACGGAUGGGUGUCUACGAGGCAACGGGUACCGACGGUUUUAUGGGAAUACCGUUCGGUGACGUCGGAUUCAUUCACAACCUCGACACAUCACUGAAGUCGGCAGAGGAUAAUUUGGUAGGCAAUUACAUAGGCUUUGAUAAUGACGUUAGAUUGAAAAUGGAAUGUACUGAAGAGAAACCUACUAGAAAGGAAUAUGACCCAAAGAUCAAUUUUUAUGCUAAAUUAAAUAAGACUAUGUAUGCGUCAAUUGUUCCUUGUGAUGACCGGAAAUUCGCCCAAGUCCAGCCAUUACACUUGGCAGCUGUAAAGAAAAAGGCCAACGUUCGCGAAAAUCUCACUCAAUACCUAGCCCAAGUAAAUGAAAAGAAACUAAUGAUGGAAUCAUUCCAGACGUUGUUAUCCAACCCGCUGGAAUUCAAAUCAAGUAGCAUCGAUGAAUUGAUCGAUCAAAUGGAAUACAAGGAGGCUCAACUUCAUCAGCUGUUAUCCCAAUAUCAUCAGGGUUUAGAAAAGAUUGGGUCUGUAAAAUUUGUCAAACCAGCAUUGAAAACGAAAACCGACGAUGUUAACUAUGCUCUUGACACUUCCCCUCCCUUGCCCCAUGGACGAAUAAUUGGACGCCGCCCUGUUGAUUUCCGGUCGGAACCACCCGUCGAUGUUCGGUGUUUAGAUGUUCUGCCGACGGUUGGCGGUGUCAAUAACGUCCUCCACUGUAUUUUCGGACGAGUAAAUUCAAACGGGCUGUAUGUGUGUAAUAAUACGAAUACGCUUCGCCAGCGUCUCGCCAAAUUCAUCCGGAAUAGAGAAAAUCAAACCAAAAUCUCGACUUUCGUCGAACACUUCGUUUUGCGAAUGAUAAAUAGCUAUGAAUCAGAUUUCCCCGUCGCCUGCCGCAAAAAAGCCGCUUACACCUUACUAACGAGUGACGAAAAAGAUAAAUUCAACUGGCAAGGAGACGACGAAUCCGAGGAAUUAUUUCUGGAAUACGCAAAAUUUGUUGAGUCACCUUCCAGUGCGCUGGACUUGACCGAAUUGAAAAUGUUGGCAGAAAUUCACUGUCUAACAAUUCACGUCUAUGAAGAGGAAUCAAUUUAUUCAUUCAAAUUCAAAGUAACUUUAAAUUCUGGCAGACACAACCAACACUUCAUUUUGUAUGAUGGAAUUAGCGAAUGGCAGCGUCUAGAAGCUAAUUUAAAAUUAGAAAAAUUCUGCAAAACACUUGAUCGUGAUUUAUUUGAGUCUCAGCCCAUCCAAACAGAUUCCUUUCAAAUGUUGAUGGAGUGGCUAGAAACACACCACACGAGCGAGGAUGUCAUCACCGCUCUCAAGAACUUGAACCCGGAAAAUGGGGAUACUCCAGACGAAUUAUUUCGAUUGCUGUUACAACGUUUAAAGAAAUAUUCAAAACAAGACGACGAAGAGGAAGAGGGUGAUGUAGAGAUGACGGAUGAUCAUCCAAUAGCAUCAGAAAAAGAAGACGAAGAGGGCGAUGUAGAGAUGACGGAUGAUCAUUCAAUAGCACUAGCACAAGAUCUUUGCUAUUUGGCUGAGGCUGUAUUGGAAUACAACAACCGAAACAUUAGCCCAAUCUUCUAUUUAAGUAUCGUCAAAAAAUAUCACCCACAAGAAUGGAAAUGCUGUUUUUUAAUGCUGGAACUUUUCAAUCGACGGGCAACGGUUCGUAUUGAUGAAGACUUAAGCAAGUUACCACUUAGUUUUCUAUGUGAUAUAGAUGAUCGAAUGUUAAUUGGGGUGGCUUCAAUAAAAAAUAAAAUUGCGGAAACAGACAGCGAUUCGGCUUUGGAUCUAGAAAAAUUUGUGCCGCUGUUGAGGUUGCUAGUAACGACAUUCGAUACAAAGAUUAUUGACAAGCGUCAAUUUUUAGAGCUCCAGGAACUUCCGUUAAUUGGUUGGAUUUACGAGCUGAAAAGCAAAAUGUGGCAUACGGAAUUUGAUCAACUAUCGAGUGAUCCGAAAGAAAAAGAGCACAAAAAACUAAAGAAAGAGGCCAUCCACAUGUUAUUGGAACUGGAAUUUAAAGAAGGAAAUGGAUUUGGUGACGAAUUGAUUGAAGAAAUGGAAGACUUGAAGUUAAUUGUAACUAAACUACACGAUAAUCUGUAUCCGGGCAAGAACAACCCCUACCAAAAACCUGCACAAAGAAAUGUGGAAGAGAUCAUAUCAAUAAUGAUGGAUGACAUCAUAAAUGAAAACCAACUGAAGCAGAAUAAAUACACCAGAAUGCUGAGUGAUAUAAAAAUUAAAGUUGGAGAAUCCAAAUUACAGUCAGAAAAUAUAGAAGAACGCAAAAUAAAGAAACUAAUAAACAAGUGGCAGACAACUGGUUUAGAACUGAAUGACCAAUCGGUAGUCGAGUUUCUCUACGUUUACGAUUACGCUGUACAGCAGAUAUGUACGAAUAAAGGUGAUGAACAUAAAUUCCAACUACGCGACACACAGAGAGUGGCUAUGACGACUUUACUAAUACACAAAAGAACAACCACGUUGACUCAAGUAUCAACUGGCGAGGGCAAGUCUCUCAUCGUCACUGGAGUUGCAAUUGCAUUUGCUCUUUCACGAAAUAAAGAAAACAAAAACCAAAAAAUUGACGUCAUCACCAGUAACGACAUGCUAGCCCUUCGCGAUUCCAAUUUAUCCGUGGCCGAUGGUGGCAUGCGUAACCUCUACGAAUAUUUCAAUAUUAGCGUUGCAAACAAUUGCAGUCAAUCGGUUCACAACCGAACCAAAGCCUACAAUGCAACCGUCGUCUACGGACAGCUGGCCAACUUCCAGCGAGAUUAUCUGAUGGACUACUUCUACCAUCAUAACAUUCGAGGUGAUCGAACGAUGGACCUUGUUAUUAUUGACGAAGUAGACUGCAUGCUGCUCGACCGCGGCAACAAUACUCUCUAUCUGUCGCACGAUAUCCCGGGCAUGGAGACGCUAGAAUCAGUUUACGUUUUCAUUUGGGAAAAAGUUUGCACUUCUUCCAUCGAAACAGAUGAUUCAAUCCUGAAAGAGUCUGUUAAAAAGGCCGUCCUUUACGAUCUCUACGGGGCAAUAACCAAGGAAGAUUUGAAAUCAAUUCACGCUCAAUUAGAAGACAACCCAUCAGAAACGAACGCACUAUGGAACUAUCUAAUCGAAGACAAAAUCAUCGACGCAGAAGGGCACCUGUUAAUGAAAAACGGAAUCCAGAAAAUCAAUUAUCAAGAAAAUCUAAACCCCAAGAUCGCCUUUUAUUUCCGCAAAGUUGCAGAACGCGAGCGUCACAUCCGAAUACCCGACCAUUUGAUGCCCUUCGUCGAUCGACACCUAAACUCUUGGAUAGACAACGCUUUUCAUGCUCUGGAACUAGAAAUCGACAAGGACUACGUUGUCGACCAAGAUCGAACUGAUACAAGUCCAGAUCUUAAUCCACAAGUAAUUAUCAUCGAUCCGGACACGGGGACUGACCAAAUUUCAACCCAGUGGGACGAAGCCCUUCAUCAAUUUAUUCAGCUGAAGGAAGGUUGCAAGUUGACACUUCAAAGUCUCAAAACCAUUUUUAUUUCCAACGCGACCUACAUGAAGAAAUACGAAAAACUAGCCGGAGUGUCCGGUACGCUGGGGACUAAAACCGAUCGAACCUUCAUGGAGAGAAAUUAUAAAUGCCUUUAUUUCGUCAUUCCGACAGCUUUCGAAAAACGCUUUCAUCUUAAACCACCGAAGGUAUUAAAAUCAAAAGAAACCUGGUUGAAAACCAUCAUCAAGGAAACUGAGCAGACAAUUCUUACUACCGAUCGCCAUGAGGCUCGUUCCGUCGUCAUAUUUUGUCACUCCAUCAAAUCCGUUAACCUCAUUCACAAAAGCUUGAAAAGUUCUGAAUUAAUCAAUGCCGAUAACAUCCAUUGCUACACGCGUGACUUCGAGAAAUUCGCUUUCGAAAGUCAAUCACUGGAGGUUGGUCACGUCAUCGUUACCACCAAUUUGGCCGGACGAGGGACUAACAUAAAAAUCAGCGAAAAACUCAGAAAGAACGGAGGGCUUCACAUUUGUCUGACCUUUUUACCGAAAAAUGAGCGGAUUGAGGAGCAAGCAAUGGGACGUUCAGCUAGAAAUGGAGCUCCUGGCAGCGGAAUAUUCAUCUAGUGCGACGAGUUGGCACACUCAACAUCCAGAGGAGGACAAAAGUGGGGCGCUGGUAAAUUUGUGAGUAUGAAAAUAGAGCGUCAAUGGCAAGAGUCGCAACGAAUGUCCCGUUUCGACGACGAUGCCAGAAACAUCGAACACGAAGAAACAUUUUUUGGGGACUUUUCAGUUGAUUACAUCAGUACAACGAAUGAGUUGAAAUAUCGAGAACACGAAGAUCAGGAAAUUAAAAU